AAGUGUGUCGCUAGUUUACUUCGGAUGUUGAAGUGAAAUCUUGAUUGUGGAAUCACAAGUGAUUGUCAAAAUUAUUUGACAGUUGAUUACUUAUUUAUUAUUUUAAUGACAAUCAUCUAAAUUACAUUCAUUGUAUUAUUUAAUUAAUAAUAAAUUCAAAUUUUAGUUUUAAUAAACACAAUAUCGUAAAUUGGUUACAAAGACAUUUAUCGCAGUCCAUAGUUAGUGCGUCACAAUCAUUCAGAUUUCAAAAUGCCAUUACUAUACAGUGUUGUUGCCCGUGGGCCAAUAGUUCUAGCUAAAUAUGCAUCUUGUACUGGCAAUGUUGAGGAAGUGACUGAACAAAUACUAUCAAAAGUACCACCACAUAAUGAUAAAUUAACAUAUUCGCAAGGCCCAUACCUUUUUCAUUACAUAUGUGAAGAUAGGAUUAUUUAUCUAUGUAUUACAGAUGAUGAAUUCCAAAGAUCAAGAGCAUUUUUAUUUCUCAAUGAAAUUAAACGUAGGUUUCAAGCAACCUAUGGUCAAGGAGCACAUACUGCAUUACCAUAUGCCAUGAAUACUGAAUUCUCAAGAGUUCUUGCUAAUGAAAUGAAGCAUUACAGUGAAUCAAGAGAUAUUGAUACGCUCUCUAAAGUUCAUGGAGAACUUGACGAACUUAAGGAUAUUAUGGUUAGAAAUAUAGAUAACGUUGCAAUGAGAGGUGAACGUUUAGAACUUCUCGUUAAUAAGACUGAAAAUUUAACUAAUAAUUCUGUUACAUUCAGAAAAACUAGUAGAAAUCUUGCUCGAUCUCUUUUCUGGAAAAAUAUUAAACUUUACGUAAUAAUGGGAGCUGUCCUGAUUGUCGUAGUUUACUUUAUUGUCUCAAUGUUUUGUGGAGGUUUAGCUUGGCAAAAGUGUGUUGGUAAUUGAAGGCAAUAAAAAGUAAGAAUAAUAUACUAUUCAUUUAUUUUAACAGAAAAAAAAUAUUAAUUAUUACGAGAACAAUAAUAAAAUAUUGUAUAUAUAAAUUUAAUUAACAAAUAAACAAUGUUUUUAUAAAAAAA